GCACCCCCCUCCACCAUAAACCAAUGGGUUGGUGGUCUGCACCUCACUAACCAUUCUCUUCCUGUGAGACAGUGGUAAAUGACAUCAGAUACACACUACUGCAUGGCAAACUGGGCACAGAGGAUCAUUUAUGGAUGUGGAAAUGUGGAGAUGAACAAUAUCUUAAUUGUGGAACAACACUGAGGGACAUCAAAACCGCACCUUGCUAUACAUCAAGAUUUGUGCAUCAGGUAGAAAUGGAUCCUCUUCUGGAACAAGUUUUGGCUGGCUUUAACGCAACCCUCGGAGCUUCGAAUCGGACAGACCCCCUGGAUAAAUUCUCGGGAACCCAGCUGCUUUGGCGCUUCAAACCUCUGUUUAUCCCGCUCUACGCCUUGGUUGUUGUUGUAGCUGGUGUCGGGAACAGUUUCCUUCUUGCCUGCAUUCUGUCAGACAAGAAGCUCCACAAUGCCACCAAUUUCUUCAUUGGCAACCUGGCAGCUGGGGACUUGCUGAUGUGCCUGAGCUGCGUGCCGCUGACCGCGUCGUACGCUUUUGAUGCACGUGGUUGGGCGUUCGGACGUCCAAUGUGCCACCUUAUUCCUCUGCUGCAAGGCGCAACGGUCUUCGCCUCUGUAUUAUCCCUCACUGCCAUCGCCAUGGACCGUUACGUGGUGGUGGCGUACCCGGUACGGAGGCGUAUCUCUGUGUGGGGCUGUGGCGCAGUGGCAUUGGGCGUCUGGGCAGUUUCGUUGGCCCUUGCCGCUCCCCCUUCCCUCCACACACGCUACGUGGACCUGCGACCAAGUGGCAUGGAGCUGGUAGUAUGCGAGGAGUUCUGGCUGGGUACCGAACGCCAGCGCCUACUCUACUCCUGCUUCUUCUUGUUGGCGUCCUACAUGAUCCCCCUGUUGUCUGUUAGCAUCUCCUAUUGUGCCAUCAGCGUGCACCUCCGCAAACACACACUGCCUGGAGAGCCCUCUCAAAGCCAGCAGCGAUGGAGCAAACAACGGCGCAAGACUUUCUCCCUUCUGGUGGCGUCUGUGCUUGCCUUUGCCCUCUGUUGGCUCCCGCUGCAAGUCCUCAAUCUCCUUCUGGAUCUAGACUCAGACUUCCAGAUUGUUGACAAGCGCUACGUCAACGUGCUGCAGGUCAGUUGCCACCUGAUAGCCAUGAGCUCAGCCUGCUACAACCCCUUCAUCUAUGCCUCGCUGCACAGCAAGGUCCGCAUGCACCUGCGGGGUUACCUGUGCCCCUGCAGGCGUAGUGGGCAGAAGCUACUCUCUCGCUGUGCCUCCCGCAACCCUGCCACCUGCCUGACGCUCAUCUCCGAGGUAGCGGUGAAAGAGAGCCAAUCACCUGAGAGCCCUGUCCCUGACAGCUGCCUCUGAAGAUGCACAGACUAAUCAGGAGCACUCAGACAUUAAGGAGGUUUCGCAGCACUGGAGAGGUAUCCCAGCCAAUAUUUAAUGUUCUUAUCUGAAAACGAAGGCUUUGUUGUUGGUGGGCUUUUCUUUCAUGAGAUCUAAAAAGAAUACUCAGGCUCUCAGCAUUGUUUUGAUGUUACUGUGGACAUUAGUGAUCCAGGCUCAAAAUUCCCUGCAGUACAUCUCUUUGACCUUGAAUGAAUACUCCUGACGUUAAACACAUUUACAGUGCAGCUUUUACUGGAGGAGUAAAUCCGUUUGGGAAUACCCUGUCUUUGAACCCACCACGGCCAAGGGGAAUAUCAGCAAACAACAACUAGAUGUUGACUGCUCUUUUUCACUUCAGUUCCUUUCCUUCUUUUUUUCUGCUAAUAACAAGUAGCCAGAAAAAAGUCAGGUGUUUUGGCUGAGGUACCUCUUACCCGUCCCUUCUGACUCGGUUAUAUCCGCAUUUAUAUGAUUAGCGGUUAAUUCUGUCCCUUUAGCUCAGAGCCAUGUCAGAAAACAAGUGAUGCAGAACAUCUUAUAAACCCUCUCAGCCUCACAAGCCUCUAUAAGGAUCACUGCAUGUCUGAUAUAGAUCACUGUUCGGAAAUUUGUCCUCAGAGCCUCUCACUCUCAAGUCCAGACACUCUCAAGAGGGCUCUGGCAGUCAGAGUUCAAUCAAAUGACAGCCUUUCGCCUCUGGUAAUGGACUGCACACUCUGCUUUAAGACACAUACGAGGCACAUGGCUUGCACUGGAACACUUCUACAUUUCUGAAGAUAGGCAUAGUUCUACGAAAUGUUCAACAGAGUGAGUCUGACCUUUUGUAAGUAGCAGGAGCUAAAGUGAUGAUAAUUUCACAGGAGCAAGUGCCGUGUUUUGCUAUUAUGUGGUUUUGUCAUUUCCCUCGGAGAGCUGUGAGAAUUGAUGUCUCAUUCUAACAGUUCUCUGGAGGUGUGAGAUACAUUUAAUUAGAUGAUCUACAAGGCAUUCACACUACACUACAUUACUCAUCAAGUGAACCUUUUCUCAGAUGAAUAAACAAGCGUAUGUGAUCCAAAAGAUUUAUGGUAAUUAAUGGUAGAAUGUCACUGUGUGUGUUUGUGUGACAGUAAUAAAGCCAUACUAUUCAUGGUUUUCUUUUUUAACCCUUUCAUGCAUGAAUUAUGAAAACCUCAUUCAGGAUUUGUUUUUUGUUUUUUUCACUUAUUGCUCUUAUGGCAUGAAAAACCUGAAUGAUGAAAAAAGAUUUGAACCUCUUCAAAGAGAUUUUCAGAUGUCCACUUGAGUGGACAGUGUGCGUUUUUGGUUUUAACUAAGAGAUACUGUAUUAAACAUAUUACAGGAAUAACACAGCAAUACUGUGUGUAUUUAACAAACCAAUGAAUAAAAUGAUAUAAAAUGUGAAAACUAUAAAAUAUAUAUAUAAAAAAUAAUACAGUUUCAAUUAUUGCAAAUGCAAUUGAGUUUUUUCCCAUUCGACCAGCAGACAAAAAACUUAAUACAAGUUGAACUUCGUGUGUCUUUCAGAACAUGAGGAAGUGAUUCCAUCAAAAAUCUCUCCAACCGGUGAAGGUACAACUCUGUGGAAACCCAACUCAGACUAUUUAGAAAACAGUCACGCUCCCUCAGAGUAUGUUGAUUUACUACGAUGACCAGGAGGGGACAUGUUUGGUUCACUUAGUUUUGUUGUGGCCACGACAUAUAAACUCGUGGGAACGUGAUAAUAUGUUGUGGCUAUGAGAUAUUAAUUUGUGGGAACGUGAUAAGUCGUGGCCACGAGAUCAUUUUGUCAAGGUAAUGACAUCCCUAUGUCGUGGUCACGCGAUGUAAAGUCGUGGCCUCAAGAUCAUAUGGUGAGGGAACGAUAUAUUUUUCUCGUGGCCACGAGUUAAAUGUGUAAACAGCCUGCGCGACCAUAGCAACUUGGAAUUAUCAGAAAAUGGAUAAGACUAUAAUAAUAGGCUAUUUAUUUUUAAUUAAGAAAAAGCUCGGAAUUAAGAAAUUAGUCUAACAUAUUGCAUAUUAUAUUGUAUUGUGCGCGAUGUUGACUAGACAGCAUUCGAAUGAAGUUAUUAUCAUUAACAAUGAUAAAAGGAUAGCCUAUGUCAGAACAUAAAAUAAGGCCUAGGCUACAAUAAAACAUUUUUAUCCAUCCCAUCUCACAGCCUUUUUAAUCCAUUCACUGUUCGAGUCUUUAUUUAUUUAUCUUUAUUAUUAUUAUUAUUAUUAUUAUUAUGCCUAAACCUAAAUAAAAUGAAAUAUAGCCUAAUAUGUUAAAUUCCUGUUCAUGAACUUCCUGUAAAAUCCCCCAACCAACAGAAAUAAAAUAAAAUCAAAGCUUUUAUAUAGGCUAUAUACAAAUAAUAAACAAAAUAUUCUUUUAACAAAGACUAGCCUAUUAAUAGUAGGCUAACACAUUUUUUGAACUUCAUUCGAAUGCUGUUACGGGCACGAGGGGCUACAAGUGAAAACAGAUGCUCGUUUAAUCCACUGUAGUCUACAGAAUACAGUAUGCAGAAAUACAGUCAAAACUUUAUUGUCAUGAUCGGGCAUUUACAGUAGGCCUAUUUACAAAAUACAAACUUUAAGUAGGCUAACAUAAGGUACAGAAUGGUAUUUAGAUACAGAGAUACAGGAAAUGAAGGGGGAAAUAAAGCAAAUAUAUAUUUACAAUAAAUAGCUAAAUGUAGCCUAACUAAUAAUAAUAUAAAAAUAUUAAAUAAAAAAUAAACGAUCAGUAAAUGGAUUUAAAAGACUGUUGGAUGGGAUUAAAAAUGUCAGGCAUAUUCUUUUAACAUUUAUUGAUAAACUUCAUUGGAAUGCUGUCUAGGCAACAUUGGGCGUAAUACAAUAUAAUAUGCAAUAUGUUAAUGUGGCCACGAUUUAUUAUCACGUUCCCACAAAUUAAUAUCUCGUGGCCUUGACAAAACUAAGUGAACCGAACAUGUCCCUCCUGAUCACCGUAAUUUACCCUUAUUAGCUGAUAAUUCUGAUUAUGUUCAAAAUGGACACAUUUCUACGGUAUCUCUCCUCUCUGAGAAAAGCAAAUCUACAUUGAUCUAUUGAUGUUUCAGACUGUGGUAAAACUAGCGAUCAGCUGUUUUCAAUCUCAUCUGAAAUGAGCAGCGUUGGGAGUAACACAUUACAAGUAACAUGCAUAAUGUAAUCAGAUUACUUUUUGAUUUAACAAGUGAAGUAAUGCUUUACAAGUAACGUACAUUAUCUAACCACAUUACUUUUUUGAUGUAACUGCAAAUUACAUUCUAAUAACACAAAUACAUUUAUUUGCAGCCAAAAAAGUUACUGCAGAUUAAGUAUUUUCAAGAACAACAGUCACAGUAAUAGUAUGAAUUGUAGCUGAAAUAUAGCUAGUGAUGCAUGAUGUCCAAUUUAGUGAACAGAUGAUUAAUCAGUAUUUCCUCGCAAUCUAAAACCAAUACUUGGAAAAUUUAACAAUGAUAUGACUCCUUAGAUGUUAGUUACAUUUUUUUUUUUCUGCAAGAGUCUCCUGGGAUAGAAGGAAUGGAUUGAUAUUCCAGAGCAGCUUGGCAUUUUUGACUGGCCAUCGGCCAUCUUGGUUUGGAGAAAAAAAUUCACAUACAACAGCUUGCUACUUGGUGGAAACAUAUAGGAUGAUGCACUAGUGUCCAUUGUAAAGUUUGAUGUGCAACUGCCAUCAAAACCCAUGCAUACGCAAGAACUGUCCACUGUAAAGACUUCUAUGCGUGAAAGGGUUAAAAACCAAACACACUGUGCAAAUUCUUCAUGUGCAUCUGAAUAGUUGCUUGUCAGACUGUAUGAUGUGAUUCUGGUGAGAUCUUGGGUAAAAUCCAAAGCACACUAUGCAACAUCAAAUAUUUGUCAGUUCUUACAUCUUAAAGGUGCAGUGUGUAAAUUUUAGUGGCAUCUAGUGGUGAGGUUGCGAACUGCAACUAACGGUGCACACCGCUCCCUUUUGGAGAAGCUACAGUGGUCGUCUGGCCGACAUGUCGUCGUCUGAGAGAGCAGAGAGUAGCUUGUGUGAAGCAAUGAGGUUUCUUCUUCUAACAAAGAAUGGUCUCUGCUUCUAAUAAACCAGAUGACCACUACUACUACUACUUUGUGCAUAUUCAACGUAGUGACAACGCAAGCUGCCUCUAAAAACACGAACGAUUUAGAAGAACAACAUAGUGAUGAAACGCGCUCUGUAGAGUGUUUGUCCAUUUAGGGCUGCUGUAGAAACAUGCCAGCGCAUAAUGGCCACUUGACAUGGAGGGGGGACCCGCGGUGUAUGAGAUAGAAAUGGAUCAUUCUAAGGUAAUAAAAACAUAACGGUUCAUUAUGUAAGGUCUUUAUGUACCACUGAAAACAUAGUUAUGUAUAUUAUAUUGCAUUUCCGUCAAUAGAUCCUCCUAAAUUUUACACAUUGCACCUUUAAAGGGUUAGUUCACCCAAAAAUGAAAUUUCUGUCAUUAAAGGGUUAGUUCACCCAAAAAUGAAAUUUCUGUCAUUAAUUACUCACCCUCAUGUCGUUCAACACCCGUAAGACCUCCGUUCAUCUUCAGAACACAAAUUAAGAUAUUUUUGAUGAAAUCCAAGAGUUUUUUUUUAUCACCUAUCCAAAAAAACCACUUGGAUUUCAUCAAAAAUAUCUUAAUUUGUGUUCUGAAGAUGAACUGAAGAUCUUACGGGUUUGGAACGACAUGAGGGUGAGUAAUUAAUGACAGAAAUUUCAUUUUUGGGUGAACUAACCCUUUAAGAUGUAUGCGAAAUUGAAAUUAAACAAAAAAAGCAUCUCCUUAAACUACUGUACAAAUGCUGUGCUUUAAAAAAAAAAAAAAAAAAAAAAAGCCUGAAAUUGUACAAAUAAUGGACAAAAUCAGUGUGCACUCAGCUUUAGACAUGAAUUACAACAGCCACACACACACACACACACACACACAAAUCAUGCAUACAGUCUUGUAGUUCUGGUUGACUAGCUGAUUCUAUGCUAUGACAAUGUGGAUUAUAACCUGUAUGAAUGCAAUCAUAAUAGAUAACAUCUGCUG